UUAUAAAAAGCCAGCUUGAGCAGAUGUUUGGUUUGUGAGCAUCAAGCCUAAGGAGAAAAGAGAUAGCAAGAAGCAGUUGAAGAAAUUCUCGCUUAGACGUAUCCCCGCACAGGAUCGUCCCUGAAGAAACAUUGCAUAAUCAAGUUCUACAUUUGAGCGAGUAACCGACUGGAUCAAGAGAAAGUUAAAGAAAAAAAACAAGGCACCAGAUAUAAGAUGUACCAUCAUCAUCAACAUCAAGGAAAGAGCGUCCACUCCUCUUCAAGAAUGUCAAUCCCUCCUGAAAGACACUUGUUCCUGCAAGGUGGUAAUGGCCCUGGAGAUUCUGGACUUGUCCUCUCAACAGAUGCAAAGCCUAGACUAAAAUGGACUUCAGACCUGCACGAGCAUUUUAUAGAAGCAGUCAAUCAGCUUGGAGGGGCAGACAGUGAGUAUACAAAGAAAUUCAAAAUACAGCAGCAAAGUAUUAUACUUCUGUAUAAUCAACCAAUUUUCUUUUCCUUUCCAGAAGCUACUCCAAAAACAGUCAUGAAACUGAUGGGGAUUCCAGGACUUACCUUAUAUCAUCUAAAGAGUCAUCUUCAGAAAUACAGGCUGAGCAAGAAUCUUCAUGGGCAAGCUAAUAGUGGGAGCAACAAAAUUGGUACUGGUGCUGUGGUGGGUGACAGAAUAUCUGAAACAAAUGUUACUCAUAUAAACAAUUUAAGCAUGGGAACCCAAACAAACAAAGGCCUCCACAUUGGUGAAGCACUGCAGAUGCAAAUUGAAGUGCAAAGAAGGUUACACGAGCAGCUUGAGGUGCAGCGACAUUUACAACUCCGUAUAGAGGCUCAAGGGAAAUACCUGCAAUCGGUAUUAGAGAAAGCCCAAGAAACUCUUGGAAGGCAGAAUUUGGGUAGUAUUGGACUUGAAGCUGCCAAAGUUCAACUCUCCGAGCUAGUUUCCAAAGUGUCCACUCAAUGCCUGAAUUCUGCAUUUUCAGAGCUGAAAGAACUGCAAGGUCUCUGCCACCAGCAGACGCAAACGGCUCCACCCACAGAUUGUUCAAUGGACAGCUGCCUGACCUCCUGUGAAGGAUCCCAAAAGGAACAAGAAAUACACAAUACUGGGAUGGGUCUGAGACCCUAUAAUGGUAAUGCUCUCUUAGAAUCGAAAGACAUAACAGAAGGGCAUGUGCUACAUCAAACUGAACUCAAGUGGAGCGAAGACCUAAAAGAUAAUAAAAUGUUUCUUUCCCCAUUGGGAAACAAUGCAGCCAGGAGAAAUUUUGCUGCAGAAAGAAGCACCAGUGAUUUGUCCAUGACAGUUGGACUCCAAGGAGAAAAUGGGAACGCUAGUAGCUUUUCUGAGGGAAGAUACAAGGACAGGAAUGAUGGUGACAGUUUUCCUGAACAGACUAACAAGAGUUUGGAUUCAGUUAAACUACCAAAAGGAGAUGUUUCUCAAGGAUAUAGAUUGCCUUACUUUGCAACAAAACUGGAUUUGAAUUCUCAUGAAGAAAUCGAUGCUGCGUCAAGUUGCAAACAACUUGACUUGAAUGGAUUCAGCUGGAACUGAGAUCAUUCGCCGAAAGGUAAAAAGAAAAUGAAACAAGAUCAGAAGAUGAGGCAUCUAAUUCUGAGUUUACAUCAGAGCAGGAGGAAGGUCAACCUGACUGACAACCCGCGGCUCUCUCGUCCAGGCCAAGCAGCCAGGAACAAUCAAUUCGAUCUCAAUGAAAUAAGUCGGGCCAACAGCAGUAGUCUGCGGUUAGAACCAUGUAGUGUAAAUCGAUCCAGCAUAUGUACUUUUCCCAUCUUACAUCUCAUUAAGAGUUCAUGGAUUAUGGGUCCAGAAAUCCAAAAGAGGAGAAAAAUUCAAGUUCACUGCUGGAAUGUUUAAUCAUAAUCAAAUCAGUCUAUUCAAUUUAA